AAAAUAUAUCAUCAACCAUUAAAUGGAUUUAAAUUAAGUUUUGGUACAGAUAUGCAUGGUUUCCUCACAUUUUCAACCGUUGGAUGAAUUGCUUUGAAAUCUGGUACAAAUAUUCAUGUCCCACUCAGGAUGAAUUGUAACAAUGUUGGUGAUUCUUUAACAUUUCCUCUAACACCAUCUUCAGAUCAAACCUGCAUGAAGUAUUUGUCCAGUACUUAAUGACCAAAUGAUGACAUUGUCAUCAGUCUCAGCUGUGCUUUGUGUUUAGCACUAAUUGGUAAAUUUUGGCAUGUUAACCCACUAAACUAAAACAGCCUCACAUGGCUGUCGACUCUUGUUUAAAUCUCUGAAGUUAUGUGUAUUUUGUUUUUAUAGACAAAAUGAAGAUCGCAGCUUUCAAUGUCAACAAAAUGGGAUGGAAAAAAGUCAACAAGCACUUUGUGCGAAGAAAGCUUAUCAAGAUUGUGUCACGGUACAGCGUGGUGGUGUUGCUGGAGGUCAUGGAUAAACAUUUAUAUGCCCUGAAUAAGUUCCUCAGAGAACUCAACAAAAAGAACAAAGGUAAUCCAUUCUGCAUGCUGUGCAGUGAAUCUCUGGGACGAACAUCCCACAAGGAGAGGUUUGCCUACUUCUACAGAGAGCAUGAGGUCAGGAUUAUCGACUCCUACCAGUAUGAAGAUUAUGAAGAUGUGUUCGCCAGAAAUCCCUUUAUUCUGUGGUUCAACUGUCCAAAAACAGUUGUGAAGGACUUGGUGCUGAUCCCAGUCCACACCCAACCAGAGAAUACGCCGAGAGAGCUGGACGCUCUGGAUGAUGUGGUCGAAGCUGUGAGGCAAAAAUACACUAAUAACAUUAUGAUUUUGGGGGAUUUUAAUGCAGAUAAGCCUUACCUCUCCAAGAGGAAGAAGAAAAAGUUACGCAUCUGCCACUCUCCGUACCAUUGGCUGAUAAAAGAUGGUGUCAAAACCACAACCAGUGAAAAAACUGACCACACCUAUGACAGGAUUGUGGUGUUUGGUGAUCACAUGUAUGAUGCGGUUGUGCCCAACUCAGCCAAGCCUUUCAACUUCCAGGAAGCCUAUGGCCUUUCUAGUCAUAGAACUCAAGCCAUCAGUGACCAUUACCCUGUGGAGGUGGAGCUGAAGGAGGAGGUGAAAGAGGAUCAAGAAGAGGAAGAGCUGGAGGAGGAAGAG